GCUACUCUCAGUUAGUCCCUAGAACACCUCGGACCUCGCCCUCCGUUGGAGUGAGUAGUCGCAAGCUCUAUUGAAAAAUAGGUGAAAGUCAUUUCUUGUAACUUCCUACCUGAGCGUCGCGUUCCGGUGUCCGUAACAACGGACGUGCUGUCAUAUUAACAGAUCAGUCAAAUCGAAGCGCCCUCGUGGUAAGAACGACACAGGUCGUUGAUCUUCCGAGGACUUUUACUUAUCUUCACCCCGACAAUCGAUCGCAUAAGUAGCGACUGUUCACAAUGCAGGAGCCCUGUCCCUCAAGGCCAUCCCACACAUUCCUUCCAGGGUGCAGGUCAUCCUCGUAUCACGGCAUCCAAAGACAUGUUCUUCCGCAUCUUUCGGUUCAGGCGUAAACAACGUUCAGCUCCCCCGUCUACACCCCGUUCCGCAAAGGCGUCAACGUGCCCGGAGCCUUUGACUCCUCCGGAACAUCCUGCAUCCACUCCAGCACAGGAGCUGACGCCCGUCCCCCUCAGUCCUAUCAUUUUCGUUAGUCGGGAUCCCAAACAAGCUGAUACGUAUGCUGGUCGUGUGCGCAUUUCCGCAAACACCGGGUGCGGAAUAUUUUCUCCGCGUCCUGCGAUAUCUCGGAAGAAGAGACAUGUGUCCUUCCUCGUCAUGGGAGACGACGCUAAGGCGGGGCCCUCGUCGUCUCCACCGACUCCAUAUCCAUUUCUUUCUUCGUUUCCCCCAUCUUCAUCCCGGUCAACUCGUGAAUCAUUUUCCUCGGUGUCGACGCUUGUCGACACCGAACGAGCCUCACCCAAACCCUCAGCGGCUGACGCCCUUGUCUGGGAGGAUAUACCCGAUGAGAGGGUCCCAGGCACUGCCGAGGCGAAUACGAAUGCUGGUGCACAGGCCGAACUACCAUCUUCACCCAGAAGAGAGAAACCAAGGGACAAGAGCCGUCACCUUUCGAUGCUUCCGUCCCUCUCCAAGCGCUCCAAAUCAAUCCGUAGAAGGAUCUCGGUGAUCUCCACUACAAGUCUCUCGGGUUCAGCCAAGGCUAGCAAGUCGAAGAGAGCAUCGAGAUGGAGCCAACACGUGAAUAGCCCAGAGACUCAGGAGGUGUUGAAGGCACUAAGUUACAUGUCCUAAGGAACGGUGGCACCAAAUGAUCGACAUUCUGGUAUGUGGUAUAUGGGGAAAAAGUCGACAUUUUCAAUUUGUGGGGAGAUGCCGAAAAACGAGAUGGUAUUUGCUGCUGAGCGAGAGGUUGGCGGGAUACGUGGGAGACAUACCAGUGCUUUUCGGUCGAUGGUACGACGACGGAGCCAGAGUUGCUCGAAGAUUUGGUGUUCCAGCCGUACAAGUAUUCUAUCCACACGUUCUUUUCUUCGUCUUUUUUUAUCUUACAGUAGUCGCCUGUCUCGAAAUUACUUGGAACUGAUACUGUAAAUUUCGGGCAGCAGUGCUCUGAGAUCUUUAGUGCACAAUACGGCGUAAAGCCUCAUGGAAUACGAAGAGCUGGAUCCUACUUCGUACAUAACAACUAGGAAUCACUGGAUAUCGCCCAUGGUGGAUUUUCCUACCCGCAAUCGUACUGCUGAGCGGCAGAGCAUACAGAGAA